AUCCCGUGGAAGGGCACUUCCUCCUCUAUCUCCUCCCAUCAGUUCUCCUUUCCUCCACCGGCGAUCCUCCGCCUCGGAUCGGAUCGUAACUGCUGCUGCAGCGACCGCCCUCCCAUGACUAUGAUGACGCCGCCCCCUCUCGAAGUAUGGUUCUCGCACCCUCGUUCUGACGCCUCAUUCGUCAACCUAGUUAUUGGUUAGUUAGAGCUCGGGGAAGGAGUAGGUUUGCCCUGUUGAUCUCGCUCGCUCCAGCGCAAUUCUCGUCAGUUCUAGGGUUUCAAGUGGGCCGCUGCCUACCAGGCACUCGGAUCGAAUUGGAUCUCCACUGGACCCUUCGCGAGUCUGCUAGGGUGUUUUUGUUAUCGAAGCUGCAUGGUUGUUUAUGGAUCUGGGCUCUAAUUUGCGCGCGCGUGCGCGUGUGUGUUUGCAGCAGCAGGAGGACGAGGAGAUGUUGGUCCCGCAUCAGGAGUUAACGGAGGGACCCCAGCCGAUGGAAGUUUUAUCAGCUGAGACAGUCAGUGCUUCAGAAAACCAACAGGUGGAGGAUCCUCCUACGUUAAAAUACAGGUGGACAAUUGAAAACUUCUCCAGGUUGAAUACCAAGAAACUUUAUUCUGACAUUUUCCAUGUCGUGGGGUAUAAAUGGCGGGUGCUAAUUUUUCCCAAGGGAAAUAAUGUAGACCACUUGUCUUUAUACCUUGAUGUUGCUGAUUCAGCUACUUUGCCAUAUGGUUGGAGUAGAUAUGCUCAGUUCUCACUUGCAGUUGUCAAUCAAAUUCAUGGAAAGUACACAAUAAGAAAAGAUACACAACACCAAUUUAAUGGGCGAGAAAGUGAUUGGGGUUUCACUUCGUUUAUGUCUCUAAGUGAACUCUAUGAUCCAAGUAGAGGAUAUCUAGUCAAUGAUACAUUUGUAAUUGAAGCUGAAGUUACUGUACGUAAAGUUGUAGAUUACUGGAGUUAUGAUUCAAAAAAGGAAACAGGCUAUGUUGGUUUAAAAAACCAAGGAGCUACUUGUUACAUGAACUCUCUCCUUCAGACUUUGUAUCAUAUUCCAUACUUCAGAAAGGCUGUUUAUCAUAUGCCAACGACAGAGAAUGAUAUGCCAUCAGGGAGCAUUCCCUUGGCACUGCAGAGUCUGUUCUAUAAGCUUCAGUACAGUGACAACAGCGUUGCCACGAAGGAAUUGACAAAAUCUUUUGGUUGGGAUACAUAUGAUUCUUUUAUGCAACAUGAUGUGCAAGAACUUAAUAGGGUUCUUUGUGAAAAGUUGGAAGACAAGAUGAAGGGAACUGUGGUUGAGGGCACAAUCCAGCAUUUAUUUGAAGGACAUCACAUGAAUUAUAUUGAAUGCAUUAAUGUCGACUAUAAAUCCACUCGAAAAGAGUCAUUCUAUGAUUUACAGCUGGAUGUAAAGGGUUGUCGAGAUGUUUAUGCUUCAUUUGAUAAAUAUGUUGAAGUAGAGCGGCUUGAAGGGGAUAAUAAAUAUCAAGCUGAAAACCAUGGGUUACAGGAUGCUAAGAAAGGUGUUCUAUUCAUUGACUUCCCCCCAGUUUUGCAACUCCAGCUUAAACGUUUUGAAUAUGAUUUCAUGCGAGAUACAAUGGUGAAGAUAAAUGAUCGUUAUGAGUUUCCACUUCAGUUGGACCUUGAUAAAGAUAAUGGUAAAUAUCUUUCUCCUGAUGCAGACAGGAGGGUUCGAAAUCUCUAUACUCUUCACAGUGUUCUUGUUCACAGUGGCGGAGUGCACGGUGGACAUUAUUAUGCUUUCAUCCGGCCAACUCUAUCACAUCUGUGGUUUAAGUUUGAUGAUGAGAAAGUAACAAAGGAAGAUGCUAAAAAGGCACUCGAGGAGCAGUAUGGUGGUGAAGAGGAGUUACCUCAGACAAAUCCAGGCUUGAACAAUACAACUUUUAAAUUUACAAAGUAUUCCAAUGCUUAUAUGCUUGUGUACAUUCGUGAAAGUGACAAGGAGAAAAUUAUGUGUGAUGUUGAUGAGAAAGACAUUGCAGAACACCUCAGAAUUAGGUUGAAGAAGGAACAAGAAGAGAAGGAGCACAAGAAGAAAGAGAAAGCUGAGGCUCAUCUGUAUACUAUCAUAAAGGUAGCUCGGAAUGAGGAUUUGAUGGAACAGAUCGGAAAGGAAAUAUUUUUUGAUCUUGUAGACCAUGACAAAGUUCGAGCCUUUCGCAUCCAAAAGCAGUUGCCAUUCAAUCAUUUUAAGGAGGAGGUGUUCAAAGAAUUUGGUAUUCCAGUUCAGUUUCAGCGGUUCUGGUUGUGGGCCAAGCGACAAAACCAUACAUAUCGGCCCAAUCGACCUUUGACACCCCAGGAGGAAACACAGUCUGUUGGACAGCUUAGGGAGGUUUCAAAUAAGACUCAUAAUGCUGAAUUGAAGCUGUUCUUGGAAGUAGAAAUUGGACCGGACCUUCACUUUCUUCCUCCACCGCUGAAAACCAAGGAGGAGAUAUUACUUUUCUUCAAGCUAUAUGAUCCUGAAAAAGAAGAUCUGAAAUUUGUAGGAAGACUAUUCGUGAAGUCUCUGGGAAAGCCGACUGAAGUUUUCUCAAAAUUGAUUGAAAUGGCUGAAUUUCCUCCAAAUGAAGAAAUUGAUCUUUAUGAGGAAAUAAAGUUCGAACCAACUGUCAUGUGUGAGCAUAUUGACAAGCGGAUAUCUUUCAAAUCAAGCCAGCUUGAAGAUGGAGAUAUCAUUUGCUAUCAAAAAUCUUUAACAUCAACAAAUAGAAACCAGUUUCGAUAUCCUGAUGUUCCUUCCUUCUUGGAGUAUGUUCGCAACCGCCAGGUUGUUUUUUUUCGGGCUUUGGAGAAGCCAAAGGAGGAGGAUUUUUCCUUGGAAUUAUCUAAACUUUUCACAUAUGACGAUGUUGUUGAAAGGGUUGCACGUCAACUUGGUGUAGAUGAUCCAUCAAAAAUUCGUCUUUCAUCUCAUAACUGCUAUUCUCAGCAACCUAAACCACAACCCAUUAAGUACCGGGGUGUGGACCACCUUGUAGACAUGCUUGUUCAUUAUAACCAGACUUCUGACAUUUUGUACUAUGAGAUAUUGGAUAUUCCUCUGCCCGAAUUGCAAGGUUUAAAAACUCUGAAAGUAGCAUUCCAUCAUGCCAUAAAGGAAGAGGUGGUAAUUCACAUCAUCAGACUUCCUAAGAAUAGCACCGUAGCUGAUGUAAUCAAUGACCUAAAGACCAAGGUUGAGCUCUCUCGUCCUGAUGCUGAAGUCAGAUUACUUGAGGUUUUCUAUCACAAGAUCUACAAGAUAUUUCCACCAGGUGAGAAAAUUGAAAACAUUAAUGAUCAAUACUGGACUUUACGUGCAGAGGAGAUUCCAGAGGAAGAGAAAAGCCUUGGCCUUCAUGAUCGCUUGAUUCAUGUCUAUCACUUUACUAGAGAUUCUAAUCAGAACCAAAUGCAAGUUCAGAAUUUUGGAGAGCCUUUCUUCCUUGUUAUUAAGGAAGGUGAGACUUUAACCGAUAUCAAAAUACGCAUUCAGAAGAAACUGCAAGUUCCCGAUGAUGAAUUUUCAAAGUGGAAGUUUGCUUUUAUAUCACUUGGACGUCCUGAAUACCUCCAGGAUUCAGACAUUGUAUCCAAUAGAUUUCAGAGAAGAGAUAUUUAUGGAGCCUGGGAGCAGUAUCUUGGUUUAGAGCAUUCCGACACUGCUCCAAAAAAAGCUUACACGACUAAUCAGAACCGUCACACCUUCGAGAAGCCAGUGAAAAUUUAUAAUUGAAAGUGACUAGAUCCCCUCCCAAAACAUCCCAUGCUGUCAUCUCACAAGUGCAUGGAUAGCGGAGAAUGACAUGUAGAUUUUAGAAAUAAAUGCAGCAAGGUGAGGUGAAAUGAAGUGGGAUUUCGUCACCAGAAUUGUUCUGGUGUUGCUGAGAGGACGUUGACGACAGAAUCGGUGCUCUAUCUUCAGCUCCUGUAAUGGUUUGCCCAUGUUCUUGGUAUAACUUUUCUCCCUAUAUUAGGUUUCCACAUUGUUGGUUCAGUAUAAUUUGGUAUAUAAGAUUUUGGAUUAGGGGGGCAGUUAUAGGGUAUAGUUGGGUGUCUCUUUUGACCUUUCACUUUUUUGUCUAUCCCUCUUUCCCACCUUCGUUAUAUGUUCGACCUUUCUUCUUGGGUUGUAAAAUAGGGCGAUUUGAUGUAACAGGUUGCCUUAGUGUUCCAUGACCAUGUACAAGAAAGAACCGACGAAGACUCCACUCCAUGUAUCAUGUUCAGACUCGUACACAAUUUUUCUCUACGACGAGAAUACCGAGUGCAACUUCUUAAUUUUAAA